CGGGGGGCCCGGCGCGCGGAGGGCGCCCGCGGAAGGCAAGACUCGGCCGGUGAGGCGCGGGGACUGUGCGUCCUCUGCCCGGCCUGGGGCCGGGGGGCCUCGGUGUGGCCGGCGGCGCCCCGAGGUGCGGAUCUGCGGUCCUUGGUGCGGGAAGAGAGCCUGGGACCAGCGCCGGGACGAGUCGGGGCGUGAGGACGCGGGAAGCCGGCUGGGCCGGGAGGAAGCGAGGCGCCGAGUUUGCAAAGAGCCGCUUUGUGUCGAACGUGUUCGGAGAAAAUGGCCGGAUGCCUGUUAGGGUUGGAAGCGCUGCCGCCGAGGCCGGAGCUGGGGCCGCGGCCCCGAGGGCUCCGCGCCGGGCUCCGGGCUGCGCUCGGACCGCCUUCCGGACCCACGUUGCAGUCCCUUUGCGGCUGGGGGAUCAGGACCCGGACGGUUGGAGGGUGGUUCCGAGGAGUCGGGCUGCAGGGUUGAGCCCUCGGACAGCGUUUGCUUUGUGUGAUGGCAUCUGGUUCCAACUUUGGUUGAGCAGAGCAAUGGCCACGCAGGUGAUGGGGCAGUCCCCUGGCGGCGGAGGGCUCUUCCCGGGCAGCGGCGCCGUGGGCAUGGCCUUGCCUAACGACAUGUAUGACUUGCCUGAUCUCUCGCGAGCGGAGCUGGCCGCGCCUCAGCUCAUCAUGUUGGCCAACGUGGCCUUGACUGGGGAGGUCAGCGGCGGCUGCUGUGAUUACCUGGUUGGCGAAGAAAGACAGAUGGCGGAAUUGAUGCCGGUCGGGGACAACAGCUUCUCGGAGAGUGACGGAGAAGGACUGGAGGAGUCCCCUGAUGUCAGAGGCGAAGCCAGGGGACUGGAAAGCAUGGAGCUGGAGGGCUUGGAACCCGGGGUCGUCGAACCGGGACCCGAAUGUGCGGGAUCCGCUGCCCCAGAAGCUUACAGCUCCAGGAGCGAGCUUCCUCCAGAGGCACCUGUCACAGAGGACAGAGGCAAGAGCUUGAGGACCAAGCCCUUUCGCUGUAAACCCUGCCAGUACGAGGCGGAGUCUGAGGAGCAGUUUGUGCAUCACAUCCGUGUGCACAGUGCCAAGAAGUUUUUUGUGGAGGAGAGUGCAGAGAAGCAGGCCAGAGCCCGGGAGGCCGGCUCCGCAGCCGCGGAGGAGGGGGACUUCUCCAAGGGUCCCAUCCGCUGUGACCGCUGUGGCUACAACACCAACCGCUACGACCACUACGCGGCCCACCUGAAGCACCACACCAGGGCCGGGGAGAACGAGCGCGUCUACAGGUGCAUCAUCUGCACCUACACCACGGUGAGCGAGUACCACUGGCGGAAACACCUGAGGAACCAUUUUCCACGGAAGGUGUACACGUGCGGAAAGUGCAACUACUUUUCAGACCGAAAGAACAACUAUGUUCAGCACGUGCGAACUCACACAGGAGAACGUCCGUAUAAAUGUGAACUUUGUCCUUACUCAAGUUCUCAGAAGACUCACCUAACCAGACACAUGCGUACUCACUCAGGUGAGAAGCCAUUUAAGUGCGACCAGUGCAGUUACGUGGCCUCUAAUCAACACGAAGUAACCCGCCACGCGAGACAGGUGCACAACGGGCCUAAACCGCUGAGCUGCCCGCACUGUGACUACAAGACAGCAGACAGAAGUAACUUCAAGAAGCACGUCGAGCUGCAUGUCAAUCCACGGCAGUUCAACUGCCCGGUGUGCGACUACGCAGCUUCCAAGAAGUGUAAUCUGCAGUAUCAUUUCAAGUCGAAGCAUCCCACCUGCCCCAGUAAAACGAUGGAUGUCUCAAAGGUGAAACUGAAGAAAACCAAAAAGCGAGAGGCCGACUUGCCUGAUGACAAAAUCACCAGCGAGAAAACAGAAACGGAGCAGGCAAAGAUAAAGGGGGACGUGGCUGGGAAGAAAAACGAGAAGUCUGUAAGAGUGGAGAAAAAAGAGAAUGUUUCAAAAGAGAAAAAGCCUUGUAGUAACGCCUCCAGCCAGGUGACUACCAGAACUCGCAAAUCGGCCAUGGAAGCUAAAGACGUGGAAGCCCACCCAGGAAACCGUUCAGAAGCAACCUGCACCACCAAGAAGAGCAAGAGGAAGGUGGGCGCUGAAGCCCGUCCCUUACAAGAGCCUGUUCCGGAUGAGGAACCUGCGCCAAAAAAGAAGAAGAAGGCAGAGAGCAAAUCCAGAAGUGGCCAGGAAACACCAAAGGGUGACAGCAGAGUGGAGAAUAAGAAGCAAAGUAUUUGCAUGAAGAAGAGCACAAAGAAGAAAACUCUGAAACAUAAACCCUCUAGAAAAAGCAGCAAGGCGGCUCAGAAGGGUACUGUCCAGCAGAAACCUGCUCAGACAGAGCCUCCUCAGGUGGGGCCUGCACUGCCAGACCCGCCUCCCCCUCCUCCCUCUGUGGGGCCUGGCGAGGUCAUUCAGGUGACACCUGCUGAGGUAGAGGUUGCUGGCACGGAGCCUCCCCCUGCGCCCCCUCCUCCUCCUCCUGCGGGGCCUGCAGGGGUCGUUCAGGUGACACCUUCGGAGGUAGAGGUCGUUCAGGUGGCACCUGCAGAGGUAGAGGUUGUUCGGGUGGCACCUGCGGAGGUUGAGGUUGUUCAGGUGGGGCCUGAGGAGAAGGAACCUCCCCCUCCUCCCGUGGAGCCUGCGAAGGUUGUUGAGGUGGUACGGGCGGAGGUAGAGUUUGUUCAGGUGGCACCUGCGGAGGUGGAGGUCGCUCGGGUGGGGCCUGAUGAGACGGAGCCUCCUCCUCCUCCCCCUCCCCCCGUGGGGCCUGCGGAGGUUGUUCAGGCGGCACCUGCGGAGGUUCAGGUGACAGCUGCAGAGGUUGCUCGCCUGGGGCCUGAUGAGAAGGAGCCGCCGCCUCCUGUGGAGCCGAUCCCCAAAAGGUCUCCUCGAAAAGAGAGUGACCGGGAAAAGCCCGACCCGCGGAGGGCCGUGACCCAGGAGGAACAGGUGCUUGUUGAAGGUGGCCCGGUGCCUGUUCAGGAUGGGGCCCGUGGGCAGGACCUGUCACCACCUCCACCUCUGCCGGGGGAACUCCCGAAAGAAGAGGCGUCCGGAGACCGAAACGUUGUCCCUGCAGGCGGAGGUGGUCAGGAAGCCCGUCUCGGGACCGUGGAGGCGGAGGAGGCCGUGGAGGGUCCAGCUGGUCUUGGCGCCGCCAUCGAGCCGUCUGCUCAGGUUCCAUCCUCUGAACACAAGCCGAGGGAGCCCGAACGUGAGCCUCCGGAGGGCGCACGGGUGGCGAUGGACAGCGACGGGGACAAGGCGGAGAGCGCCCCUGGCAGAGACCCAGCCUCCCGAGCACCCGGGGCGUCCCCUCCGGUCACCACGGCCGCAGGUGGGGCUCCGGACGUGGAGGAAGACGAAGGCAUCCACAGUCACGACGGAAGCGACCUGAGCGACAACGUGUCCGAGGACAGCGACGACUCAGGGUUGAACGGGGCUCGGCCGGCCCCACAGGAGACGCGCGGGAAGAGCGGCAAGGAUGCAUUGGCGGCGGGCGGGUUCGUGUGCAUCUUCUGUGACCGCGCGUUCCGGAAGGAGAGGGACUACAGCAGGCACCUGCAUCGCCACCUGGUUAACGUCUACUUCCUGGAAAAGGCGGCGCAAGGGCAGGAGUGACGCGGCGCGGGCGGGUUCAGCUUGAGGUCUGGAGGGUCCCCGUGGCGUUGUGUGGUCAUCUCUGGGGCGGCCCGCCCCUGGUCGGUCGGUCAUGUUGCUUUAUUGGGUGUUGGUCUGGGUUUGUAAGCGGCGGGGCCGGCAUGUGUAGCUAUGAAGCGGGUCUGAGGGCGUGCAGUGCAGCAGCAGGCGGGGAGGUCUGUUGGUUCCUGCACGGGAUUGAACCCUUGGGGCCCAGGUGGCGUCAGAGCGGGCUGCGGCUUUGUCCAGCUCCGACUUGGCGGUGUCUCCGCGCGCCUGUCUUCCUGUCUCACUUGAGUGUAUUCCUAGUUCCUCUUUCGCCCUAGCAAAAUUGGCAUACUUCGGUAGCAAAUUCCCUGAAGAAUUUACCUGCUUUAUUUAAAGUUAGCACUUUAAAAAAUUUUUGAGAUGAGAAGAGACAUUUAAAUUGAAGAGAAAUUGUGCCAACAGUGCACGUUGUACUAGUCCAGGUAUUUUACUUCCUGAGUUUUGAUCAAUAUGUAUUUUUCUUUUUUUUCCUUUUUCUUUUUUUUUUUUCUUUUUUGAUUUUAGGGCUGUCCGUGCGACAUAUGGAAGUUCCCAGGCUAGGGGUCAUAUCAGAGCUACAGCUGCUUGCCUACACCACAGCCCCAGCCCCAGGAGAUCCGAACGGGGGCUGUGACCUACACCACAGCUCACAGCAAAGCCAGAUCCUUAAUCCAUUGAGUGAGGCCAGGGAUCAGACCCAGUCCUCAUGCAUGGGUACCAGUCGAGUUCAUUACUGCUGAGCUAUGAUGGGAACUGCUCACUAUGUAUUUCUUAUUUGUAUAUGUUAAUCGUCGUAAGAACAAUGACUUGGGGUUUUUUUGGGUUUUUUUGGGUUUUUUGGUGCUUUAAUGCAUUAAGAUGUUGCACAUUAUUGUUAACCUAUGCAGUUACAUUUUUUUUUUAGAAAUAGCAUUUGUGUUGUAACACCUUAUAUGCAUGUUGCCUUUCACCUCUUUCAUUGCAAAAGGGUAAGUCUUUUUCAGCCUUUUGCAGUUGUCUUUUUUGCAGAGUAUCAGUGUGUGCAAAUUUGUGAACAAAUGAAACAUGCGGGUUCAGUCCGUUGAUUGUGAUUUUAACAUUUUAUAUUAGAAUCUGUUUUUCAUAUAAGUUAUUUAUUUUAAGUUGAUGUCGUGAAUUCACAGCUUUUAAUUUUUUGGCCUGUCUUAGUAUAGCUACUUCCUAAAUGUAUGGUAUUAAGUCAUUUCUUUGAGAAAAACAUUUAUUCAUAGAUGGUGUUUAUAUAUCUACUCCUCUGAAUAAAGAACUUUAGUUUUUAUUUGGACUGCAAAUCUGGAAUCAGGAGGCAGAAGUGCUCCUUCAUGUUAUACAGAAUAUCAGUGUGUGAGAUUCCAAAGCCAUAACAAUGAUACAGAAAACUUAGGAAGAGAAGGUAGGUAUAGCAUGGAUGCUGGUAGAGCCGCUGCUGCUUCCUGUGAAUUCAGUGAAAAAGCUAGUGAAAGUUCAGUUCAGUUCAUAUUUUAAAAAAUCACUUUCUCAGGGAUCUCCACCAACUAGUGCGUGUCCUGGCUGUUCCUGUGACAGCCUUUUUCUUCAGAGAAGGCCUCAGUUGAGUUGCAGCUCUUCUGGUGUUCCUGUGUGGCACUAUGUGUGGAAGAGUAUGUACCUCGCAUUUGUUGGUAUGGUUUGUGGCCGGUUGCCGAAGAAUGCGUAAGAAUCUAACGUAAGUUUUUUUCCUUGCCAAUCAGUUAUUCAUUGCAGUAAAAUAAAGUAUGAUGCCAUUAGGGAACCUUGGUUCCCAUUCUCCCAUGUUCUGUUCUGAAGUAACCACUUAAUAUUUCAUUCAUUUUCUUUGGUGCGGUGCUCUUUGAGGCAGGCGACAGCGUUUGGCAACGUGAAGGGUUAGGAAGAGUAUGUGUGGGUUAAUCCGAGAGAGAAGUUAAAGGCAUUUGAACUUGGAGUUGACUGGGAGGCCAAAGAUUUAAAGAAGCAGGAGAUUUUCUCAAGGGGAGGUGGUAAGUUGUGUGUUACUGGUGUGUGUUUUGUGUUAAUGAUGGCGAUAUAUAAAUGGUGUGAAUUCUAGGUGAAAUCUCAGCUCUGACAAUCAUCGUCGACAGAUCAAGCUGCAAAUAUUUAUGUUUUAAAACUUAAAUUAUAAAGUUAGUUAAACCUUUCUAACUACUAGAUUUUUUGAUGUUCAUGGUUACAUAUUAUAUGUACCUUUUAUAGUACAUAUGAAAUAACUCAUGUUGAAUACAAAUUAGAGAUUGGAAAUCAGUUUGGGUAAGAGGUCGUUAUGGCUCUUCCAUAUUACAAAAGAAGAAAAAUUGAUUUCUGGGCAAUUAGACUAAUUUUCCUAUUUAGGUUUAUAAGACUAGAAUGUCAAAAGCAAAAAUAUGAAGGAAAUUAAAACCCCUUUUAUUAAAGUGAUCUGUGAAAAUAUUAUUACUGGAAACGAGUAGACUUUAAGGCUUUUAUUCCAGAAAAGAAGGACUUGAGUGUCAGGCCUAUAUUAGGUUCUGAACCUUAAUGCCAUGUAUUUGUACUCAUUAAAAUUGUUUCAUUGAAAAGUAUAUUUAGUAAUAGAAACUUCUGGUCUAGUUGGGAGUUUUUACAUUUGAAAAAUGUUAUAUUUACAUUGGAUUGUUUGAAUCUGUUUUCUCAGUUUCCCCUCCCCUGGAUAGAAUUUUCCCUUUUGAUUAAGGAGUAAAAAGUGAACAUGUUCUCUGAGUUGAUUUUUAGUAUUAGAGUGAAAGUUGAGAUGUGUAGAGUAUAAGCUUCAUCAUAGGUGUAAACCUUAUAAAUGAAUCUUUGCUAUUUCCUAAACCUGUAUUCACAUUGAGUUUCAAGAUAGCUUAAGUUCUGUUUUUUCCUCUUUUCAAAGCUGCUUCUUUGGGGCUUUUGGGGCGGGGUUUUGGUUUGUUUUAUUUUGUUUUUAGGUGUAUUUCACAAAGGGCUACUUUUUUUUUUUUUUUUAAUAAGUUUUAACUAGGGCUGGAUCUUUUGCUCUAGUCUUCUAAGAAGGGCCAUUUUAUUUUUAGUAUCACUUCUAAAAUCACAUGGUCUUUAACUUUGAGGACUCAGAUAUGAGUGCUGAUUCAGAUUUAAGCCUAAGUGGACCUCAUUGUCUGUCACCCCAUGAAUGUUGACAAUGGAAGAAAUUCUUUCCUUGUAGUUUUGGACUAAAAAGCUGGGGAAGAAACUUAAUUUUCUCUGUUGCACAAAUCAGAAAAGCAGCUACUGUGCAGAGUUUCCUUGUUGACUUUAGCAGAUGAACUGGACUGAUGGUGUUAAUUCAGAUUUAAGAAAGUAUCUGUCUUGGUUUGAGUAGAUUUGGGAUCUACAUGCAAUAUUAACUAGAUUGGAUAGCUUCUAUGUUUUCCUGUGUGUACAUAAGCAUUACUGAAUUUUUUAAACAGGCGUUGAAACAUUACAACCAUGUUUUUGUUGCACCAAUUAUUUUAAACCUUUACAGUGCAAUACAUGUUAUUUAUCAGAGACAAACCAAAGGUUAAUUUCUCAAAGUUCUUGUUCGCUUUAGCAGCAUUUGAUGGAGGAUCCUUUAUAUACAUUUGUAAUAGAUGAAAAACCAGAUUGCAAAGGCCUUUUUUUUUUUUUUUUUUAAUAAAGCAAAUCAUGUACCAGGUUUUUGGUCCUAAUUGUGUAAGAUAAGUUAAACUUAAAUUGCAUUCUAUUAACCCAUAUAAGUUUAUUUCUGUAAGCAUAGUUAUGUUGAAAUAAAGUUUUAAAAGCA